AUGAAAGACACACAGCAAGCAUUAGCAAAGUAUGGAAACUUAAGGCUUCACAAGUUCGCCUCUAAUUGUGCAGAAGUUAUGUCUGCGUUUCAUGCCAAAAACAAACUGAUCACUCGGAGAGGAAUUUUAUCGACGAUAAACAGUCUCUACGAUCCUCUGGGAUUUUUGGCUACGGUGAUUAUACAAGGAAAACUCCUAUCAAGGAAAAUAGUAUCAGAAACCGUCGAAUGGGACCAACCUCUCUAUAAUGACACAGCAGCUGAGUGGAAAUCUUGGAUAUAUACUCUAAUUGCUAUAGAAACAUUGCGCAUUCCACGUACCUACGUGCCGUAUUUCAGCAAAACCGCCACAAAGGAGUUACAUGUCUUCUCUGAUGCAUCAGAAAAAUCUAUAGCGGCUUUUGCAUAUCUACGCACAACCGAUAGUAGUGGUGAACCAAACAUUGGGUUUAUUCUUGGGAAAGCUAAAGUUGUACCAACAAGUGGUCAUACUAUUCCACGACUUGAACUAUCUGCUGCCGUAUUAGCAGUUGAGAUCACGCAAACCAUUGUGGAUAACUUAGAUUUACACAUAGACAACGUGAAAUUCUACACAGACAAUAAAGUUGUCUUAGGUUACAUCAGUAACGAGACAAGAAGGUUCUUUAUCUAUGUCGCUAAUAGAGUAGAGAAGAUUAGGAAAUUUAGCUCUCCAAAUCAAUGGAAUUAUGUACCAACUAGCCGUAAUCCCACAGAUUCGGGAACGAGGUCCGUACCUGCUCACGAAAUCCAUAGCAGUAAAUGGUUAUUAGGACCAAGACAACUUCUUUUCUCAGAACAGAAAAAUUCUGAGAACAUGUAUCAGCUAAUAGACCCAGAAGAAGAUGGAGAAACACGUGCAACUGUUACUGUUGCAAAAACAUUUGCCACACCUGAGCGUCAAGGUAUCGGAACUGAUAGAUUCAACAGAUUCUCAAACUGGACAUCACUUGUUCGAGCGAUAGCCUUUUUAGAACGUUUCUCCCGUUUACACGGGUCAAAACAGGCAGCACCAGUGACUUCUUCUGAAGGCUUUUCGAAUGCCGAAAAUUUCAUCUUAAUAUCUGCUCAAUAUGAAGUUUACGGAGAUGAAAUAGAUUGCAUUAAACGCCAGGAACAAAUUCAUAAGCGGAGCCCGAUAACUAACCUUAAUCCGUUUUUGGACGAACGAGGACUGUUACGAGUAGGAGGCCGUAUUGCCAAAUAUGACUUAAACCUCCGUCAAAAAAAAACAUUAAUCGUCCCUGGACGCCAUCAUAUAGCGAUAUUAUUAGUCCGACACUACCAUGACAAGAUAAAACAUCAAGGUCGCCACUUUACAGAUGGAGCGAUUCGUUCCGCAGGAUUCUGGAUCGUCGGAGCUAAACGCUUGAUCUUUUCUCUCAUUCACAAAUGUGUGACUUGCCGCAAACUAAGAGGAAAAACUGAGUGUCAAAUCAUGUCUGAUGUGCCAGAGGACCGUCUUGAACCGUCACCUCCGUUUACCAACGUUUGA